GAUACUCCUGUUCAGGACACAGGUUCCAGUGCAGCUGCUGUAGAAACAGAUGCAUUAAGAGCUGGAGCCCAGCAAAAAAUGAGAAUUCCUGUGGCAAGAGUCCAGGCCUUACCAACACCCACGGCAAAUGGAACCAGAAAAAAAUACCAAAGGAAAGGAUUGACUGGCCGAGUGUUUACUUCUAAAACAGCUCGCAUGAAGUGGCAGCUUCUUGAACGCAGGGUCACAGACAUCAUCAUGCAGAAAAUGACUAUUUCCAAUAUGGAGGCUGAUAUGAAUAGGCUGCUCAAGCAACGGGAAGAACUCACAAAAAGACGAGAGAAACUUUCAAAGAGAAGGGAAAAGAUAGUCAAAGAGACUGGAGAAGGAGAUAAAAAUGUGAUUAACAUCAAUGAGGAGAUGGAGUCAUUAACUGCUAAUAUAGAUUAUAUCAAUGACAGUAUUUCUGAUUGUCAAGCUAAUAUCAUGCAGAUGGAAGAAGCAAAGGAAGAAGGAGAAACAUUGGAUAUCACUGCAGUCAUUAAUGCUUGCACACUUACAGAAGCUCGAUACCUUCUAGAUCACUUCCUGUCAAUGGGCAUCAAUAAGGGUCUUCAGGCUGCCCAGAAAGAGGCUCAAAUUAAAGUACUUGAAGGUCGGCUUAAACAAACUGAAAUAACCAGUGCUACACAAAACCAGCUCUUAUUCCAUAUGUUGAAAGAGAAAGCAGAAUUAAAUCCUGAGCUAGAUGCUUUACUAGGCCAUGCUUUACAAGAUCUAGAUAGCGUACCAUUAG